AUGAAACAUCUGCCCCAUCUUGAACAGCAGGCUGCUGGUGGACGUGCCCGGGUUGCCCACACCUCCAACACGGCUGCCUCGGCGCUUGUUCGGCUCACGGUAAUAAGAAUUUGGAAGGAAGAUGACAUACUAUUGGACAAAGCCUUCAAAGCAACAGUUUCUUCAGAUGUCUGGAAGGUUCACUGUACACAUGGAGGGGAGCCUGUGGUCUUGUUUCAGAGAGGAGCUGUGAGACUGCUGGACUCUCUGCUUGCUGCUCCGCAGCAGCCCAUAGAGGAGGUGCUAGCUCAAGAAGAAGCCAUCAGGUGGAGCGCCAUCAUAGUGACAGAGACCCAGCAGUUUAUCAUCAUCACAACUGAACAGAAAGGAGAGCAUUUUCUCUACCUGCAGAGACUGAACCCAAACUCUGUACAGAGGUACCGGCUUGAGAGAGAAGAACCUGGUCUCUCCCCGCUGAGCUUCUCUGCCACUUACAGGGAUAAGCACAUCUGCCUCCUUUAUCUCUACCCUAAUGGUCACGUGUACCAGAGUGUACUCUCCGUGCGGGGCCUCGGGACUGAAGAGGGGGUCCAGGCCUUACCCCUGCCUCGUAGCCUGCUGCUGGGUCUUCCUGUUGGUGAUGGCCAGCUGGAGGCAGCGUCUGCCAUGGCUCUGGAUGAAGCCCAUGUAGCUGUUGUUGGGGUUCCACAUCCCUCUGCUGGAGGUGGUAAAGGUUCCCUGUCCUUCCAGCUGCUGGGUGCUGAUGGAGGACUGUAUGACUUUGGUAGAGCACUGUGUCUGCACUCCACUGUGACGGGGCUCACUGUCCCUUCUCACAACUUUAUAGCAGUUUACAAUCUUAAAACCAGUCUUUGGAGUUAUUCCAACAAGGUAUUUAUUCCACAUGGGAAAACCCUCUCCAUUAUACCCUUCGAGUGCCCCAAAUCUUCCCUUGCCUCUGCCCUGGGAAAAUUAAAACAUACAAAGACUGAAGAGUCGAAGACUCCGAAUUCUGUGCCGUCUUGGAAUAACAUUCUUCAUGGUGAAAAAGCUCAGCCCUCAAAAUCUGCAGAAACGAGGAGGACGAGAAUGACCCGUAAGUCCCAGUCAACAACUAAUUUAACAACUGACCAAGUAUUAGAGCUCAUCAAGACGGCACCAGUGGAAGAGAUCCAGAAAGAGGUGGAGGGGUUCCUGACCAGGGCAGAGUUCCAGGACCUGCAGCCCUCAGUGGGACAGCUUGCAUUAACCCUCGUGUCCCGGAGUCUUGCCGAUCCAGCCUUCUACUCUUCUAGCACGUUGGCACAGCUGGUUCACACUCGGUGCCUUUGCCACAGUGUGUGUCCUGACCUUGUGCUCCUGGCCCUUGAGAAGAAGGAUUACUUCCUGUGUCAGCUCUGCUUGCAGUUCUUCCCUGACAUUCCUGAAGCUGUUACCUGUGCCUGCCUGAAGGCAUUCAUCAGUAUACCAGAUGUUGAUGCAGAGAAGGUGAGCCUGGAGCCUGACAGCGUCGAGUUUAUGGAAAACCUAAUCACGAGAGAUCGUGCAGAGGCUGGCUUGCAGAAUGGUUUUAGCCCCACUUCGUCAGUCGUCAAUGAUCAUCAGACCAGAGCUGAAGACGUGAAGAAGGCCUCAGCUCCUUCACAACUCAUUUGUCCAGUGGGAUUACACAAGGCUGUUCUAAUAAAUGAGAUCUUGCAGACACCGUACAGUGACACCUUUCUCCUCCCACACCUAAAAGAUCUUUCCUCUCAACAUGUCGUGCUUUUCCUCCAGUACCUGCAAUUUUUAUACCUAAAAUAUUCCCAGGAUGCUUUCCCACAGAUGGAGGGAUUUAGAUCACCAAGUCUGAGUCAGAUCAUGGAUUGGGUGUGUUUGCUGUUGGAUGCUCAUUUUACGGUGCUAGUAAUGACUCCAGAAGCUAAAGGCUUGCUGCUGAACCUCCACAGCUUUGUUAAAUCUCAGGUGAGACUGGUUUCUGAGCUUGGAAAGAUUGAGGGAAGCCUUCAAGAACUCCAUAAAAUGAAGGCGAAGGAGAGCAUCGGACAGUACUCCAUUGAAAUCAUUGAGCUGUUUUAGAAUGUGUACAAAAUAAUUUUAAUCAUUCAUAACACCAUCUUCUUCCAACCUUUUAGCUAAAAUGAUUUCACGGUUAUUAUUCUUGAGUGCUUUUUUUGCCACAUACGUUUGCUAUCCAGAUGUGUAGGCCUUGAAAAAGUUGCGGCUCUCUUUUAACCAUGUUUUAAACUUGUUUAAGUCGUCAAAAUAUUUGACAAUUCGCUUAAUUUGUGGUUUUGUAAAAGUUUAAUGCAGAAGCCACCUCAUGCAACAGUAUGGUGUGAGAUUGUAAUGUUAAUAUUGGGGCUUUGCCUUUCGAACUGUGAGAGUUGAUGACUUAUUUUUGUAUGUGUCAUUAGACAGCUAAAAACUGUUGUGAAAACCUUUUAUGUUUAAUAUUAAAAAAGAUGAUGAA